AUGCAACUUCUUACUCUAACGGCAGCCACCUGGAUUGCUUCGACCCUAGUGCAAUGUCAUCCUGGCCACGACAUCAGGGAAGAAGCAGAACAACGUGGUAAGCUACUCGAAAAUAGCAUUAGGGACAUAAGUCACUGCUCCGCAGAACUCCAAGCCUAUGGUAUCGAAAGACGUACCAUAGAAAGGCGCGUGGAGGCCUUGAGAGCUGAAAGAGAGAAGAGAGGACUCCCAACCCAUCCAUCUAUUAUCAAGGUCCGUGAAAACGAUCAUUUCAUGGUUACCCGCGAUGUCCCAAAGCCCUUGAACACCAGUCAUCUCUCGAAUGUCACCCACACUUCACACGAUCCAUUCAGCACCGUCUUUGCAGGUAACAAGACUUGUGUCCUAGUCCCAGAAACGAUCGAAGGACCUUACUAUGUUUCCGGAGAGCUCAUUCGAUCAGAUGUCAGAGAGACCCAGAAGGGGGUGGAUCUUGUACUUGAUAUCCAAGUGAUCGACGUUUCCACCUGCAAGCCAGCAUCCAAUGUCAUGGUCGAUUUUUGGCAUGCAAACUCAACCGGCGUCUAUAGCGGCGUUGUGUCCCCCGGAAACGGAGACAUUUCUGUUGGAAGCAAUAUCAAUACCACCUUUCAUCGUGGUCUUCAAGCCACCAACAGUGAGGGGGUUGUCCAGUUCACUAGCUUGUACCCAGGCCACUAUAUAGGACGGAGCCAACAUAUCCACGUUGCAACGCACGUUAAUGGAACUAUUCUACCAAACAAUACUUUCCAAGGCUCUACAAUUUCCCACAUUGGCCAGCUAUACUUCGACCAAUCCCUCAGCACCCUGGUCCAAGCUACAAAUCCGUACAACACCAACACCCAACCCGUAACAACGAAUGCGGAAGACUUCCUCCUGCUCAGUGACGCCGCAGUGAGUGAUCCAAUUGUCGAGUACUCUCUCCUCGGCAAGGACGUGUCAGACGGGAUCUUCGCCUGGAUUGCAUUUGGAAUCAAUACCGCCAAGAAUGGAACUAUUCAGGCUGCUUCAACCUACGGUGAGGAUGGCGGGAAAGCCAAUCCAAAUCCUAUGAUGUGUGGUCCCCCUGGUGGAUUUCCUAGCGGCUUCCCAUCUGGAUUCCCAUCGGGAUUUCCCUCUGGGAUGCCAACUGGAUUUCCGUCUGGAUUUCCAAUUGGUGGUGGCCCUGGAUGCCCUAGCGCGUCUUCCACCACGGCUCCUGCUAGCUCUUCUUCUGGAAUUAAGAAUUAG